AUGGCAACACAAGCAACAUCCAAAAUCCCCACCGAAGGAGGUCCGAAAACGCCCACCAAAACCAAGAGCACUACCUCCUCUGCAAAAGGCUCACCCAAAUCGACAACAUCCCAAGCUCAGAAGAAGGCACCGACUAGAGGAGGAAUUGCCGGUAAAGACAAGGCCUCAACACCACCACGAAAGCUAAAACGCAAAGUCGAUGAUACGAUUACACCGACGGCCGCUGAAAAGACGUCUAAGUCCGGCGCAGGCCCUGCGAACGAAACACCCGAACGUCUAGCGUCUGCUGGCAGAAAGAAUGUUCCCAACAAGAAGAGCUUGGAGCAGCGUGCCCCUGAACCGGAGCCGGAGCCGGAGGCUGAGUCUGGUACUGAAGAGGAGGGACAAGAAGAACAAGAACAACAACAAGAAGUCGAAGGCGAGGAUGCUGGCAUUCAGCUUGAGGAAAAUGAUGAAGCUGGUGGAAAUGAUGAAGUCCCGGAAGGAGAUGAAUAUGACGAAGAAGCCGAGGAGCCCGCUGAAGAGGAGGAACAACCGGAUGAGGUCUCCACAGCAGCUCCUACUGAGCAGCGUGGUGAGCCCCUUGAUAACGAAUCUCAAGCAUCCGGCUCUACUACCGGUGGCUUCUUCAGUCGUACCGGAAAUGGGCUCAACAGCUUUGCCCGCGGCUUGCAUGGGGUUGCUGGUAGUCUGAGUCAAGGCAACGCCAAAGGUGCUGCUGGUGGCCUCACUGAGACCGCUGAUGGCGUUAAGGGCACUACUGAAGGUGGAAUUGGUGACAUCGCUAACGCCCUCCCGCUUGACCUUUCGGCAUUGAAGGGACUGGAAAUUGGCGAGGGAGGUAAGGUUUUGGAUAAAUCGGGCAACCCUCUUGGUCAAGUUGUUGAGGGUGAUCCUGAUGAUCUCGUUGGCCAAACUGUUGGUGACGACGGAGAGAUCGUCGAUGAAGAUGGUGAUCUCAUUGGUCGUGUCGAUCUACUUGGUGACGUCCAGAAAAAAGUCACUGAGACACUUGACCAGGUCAAAGAUAACCUCCCAUCUUUAGAAGACCUUGCUGGCUUGCCUGUCUCGGAGGGCGGGGAGAUCAAGGACAAAGAUGGUAAUGUUAUCGGCCGCAUUGUCGAAGGCGAGCCCGAAGAUCUCAUUGGUCAGCCCUUAAAUGAGGCUGGUGAGAUUGUUGAUGAAGAUGGUGACUUGAUUGGCCGAGCCGAGGUGAUUUCCCCGGAAGAGGCCCUCAAGACUAUCCAGGAGAAUACUGGCAAGGUGCAGGAGGCCGCAGAUGGUGCUGUCCCCGAUGACAUAGAGGGAAAGGUGGACGAAGUGAAGAGCAGCUUGCCUCAGCUCGCUGAUCUCGACGGUCUACCUGUCUCCGAAGGUGGCCAAAUCAAGGAUAAAGCCGGAAAGGUCAUCGGUAAAGUUGUUGAAGGUGACCCGGAAGAUCUAGUCGGACAGACUAUCAACGGCGCAGGAGAAAUUGUCGACGAAGAUGGUGACUUGAUUGGACGUGUCGAGGUCCAGUCUCCGAACGAAGCUGCCGAGAAGGUCACCGAGCAAGUUGACGGUGCUAAGAAUAAAGUUUCUGAAGCUGGGGAAGGGCUGGCUCCUCAAGUCCAGAUUCUCCAAGGCCGAAAGAUCAGCAAGAAAGGCAAAAUCCUCGAUGAAGAGGGCGACGUGAUCGGCAAAAUUGCCGAGGGCUUUGAUCCCAAGGACCUUGCUGGCAAGAAGCCCAACGAGAAGGGUGAAAUUCUAGACAAAGAAGGAAAUGUUAUCGGUAAGGUUGAAGUUGUCCCGGGUGAAGCUGCCGACUCUGCCUUCAAGUCUCUUCAGGACGAAGCUGAGGAAGCAGGAUUCGCUGUGGAGGAUGUCAGAGACAAAGCAGAGGAGACUGCUGAUACUGUUACCAAACCUACACCUGAUGCUCAAGGCUUAGCCGCCCUUGAUGGUCUUGAGGUUAAUGAAGACGGUAAUGUUCUCGAUUCCGACGGUAAUGUGCUCGGCAAGCUUGAAAAUGGCAACCUAGAAGAAAUCGCGGGGAAGACCGUGAACGAGAAAGGUCUUGUUAUUGAUGAUGACGGCAACAUCCUUGGUCGCGUCUCGCUUGUAAAUACCGACGACGCCAAAGAUGCCGCUGGGGAUACUGUCGAUGACGUUCAGGAUACUGUCGAUGAUGCCCAGGGAGCUGAGCCUGAGCUACCUUCUGUGUCCACAUUGGAGGGCCUAAAGGUGAACAAAUUCGGAAAAAUCAUCAACGACGCCGGUGUCCCUGUAGGCGAACUCACGGAAGGAGACGCCAAGAAACUUGCAAAAGUUGGUGCUACCUUGGACGAUGAGGGCCGGUUCUGGGACAACCGUGGCAAUGUCAUCGGCAAAGCCCGGACGGUUCCUAUUGAAGAGAAUGACGCCGAGGGGCCUUUUGCAGGUCUCGAGGGACUCGUCGUUGCACAAGAUGGUUGGGUGGAAGAUGAAAAUGGUAACCGCGUCGGAAAGAUUGUAGAGGGAGACGCGAAGAAGCUCGUCGGGCGCGCGGUGGACGAAGACGGAGACAUUCUCGACAAGAGAGGUAAUGCCGUCGGACAUGCCGAGCGCUACGAACAGCCAGAGGAGCCCGAGCCGGAGAAGCCUGAGAAGCCAGACUUCUCAAGUGUUGCUGGCCUAUCACCAAACAAGACUGGUAAUGUCAUUGGAUACGACGGUGUGCCCAUUGCACGCGUGGCGGAGGGUAACUUGAAGGAAGUUGCAGGCCGAAAAGUUGACUCCGAUGGUCAGAUAUGGAAUGAUUCCGGCAAGGUUAUCGGUCGUGUUGAGCUUAUCCCCGAGGAUGAGCGUGAGACUAAGCCUGAAGGCGUCUUUGGCGGUCUCGAAGGUCUUAUUGUCAACAAGGAAGGCCUUGUUGAAGACGAAGAGGGCAACGUUGUCGGCAAAAUCGUCGAAGGGGAUGCGAAGAAGUUGCGCGGUCGUGCAGUUGACGAAGACGGGGACAUUCUCGACAAGUACGGCAACGUCAAAGGCCGCGCUGAGCCAUACGAGGUACCCGAGGAGGAGGUUGAAGAAGAUGACCUGUCCUCUCUCGAAGGAAAGAAGGUCAACAAGAUGGGCAAUGUAGUUGACGAGCAUGGUACUGUCUUUGGCCGCAUUAGCAAUGGCGAUCCUAAGAAGCUUGCUGGUAAACGUGUUGAUGGGAAAGGCCAAAUCUGGAGCGACAAUGGCAAGGUCAUUGGUCAGGCUGAACUCAUCCCUGGCAACGAGCAAGGAAAGCCGGAGGGAUUGUUCUUCGGAUAUGAUGAUGCCAAGGCUGGAAAAGAUGGCGUUGUCGUUGAUGGCUCUGGUAAAAUCAUAGGACGUUUGACAGAAGGAGAUGCCAAGCGUCUUCAGGGCCGUGCUGUUGAUGAGGAUGGCGACAUACUCGACAAGUCUGGUAAUGUCAUUGGCAAAGCAGAGCGAUGGGAGCCUGAAGAGAAACCACGCGAUGUAAACCCCAUGUCCGGACGCAAGGUCAACAAGCAAGGCGAGGUGCGCGACGAGAAUGGCGACCUCAUCGGCAAGGUGACUGAGGGAAAUCUCAAGAACCUUAUCGGCAAGAGCAUUGACGACAAUGGAUACGUUGUUGAUAAUGAUGGCAACAAAAUCGGCGAGGCCACGCUUAUCGAGAACCUUUUAGAGGAAGAACCUCAGGAAGAACCGCAAGAAGAGGUCUCACCAGAGGAAUUGGAGAAGCAGCAAAAAGCCGAAAAUGACAGGAAACUCGCCGAGCGUAUCUGCGCCAUCUUGUCAGAUACGUUGGGCAAGAUCGAGCCUGUCUGUAAGCAAAUCACAGAGCUCAUUGAGAAAGCCGAUCGUACACCAAAGGACGAGCUUGACGAGGAGAAGCUUGUGCAAGACGUAAAGCCACUGCUCGAAGAGGGCGGCCGGAUGCUCCAAGAGUGCAACGGUGCAAUCCGUGCUCUGGACCCGGACGGACGCAUUGCUGCAACGGCAAAAGCGCGCGCUCAAACUCACGAGGCUACUCCAGAAGAAUACCGACUGGCAGAUCUGCUCAAGGAACUCACGCAGACUGUUGUCAAGACAAUUGAUAAUGGCCGCAAGCGUAUCCAGGAUAUGCCUCAUGCCAAGAAGAAACUCAACCCUCUCUGGUCUUUGCUCUCGGAGCCCCUGUUCCAGAUUAUUGCUGCGGUUGGCUUGUUGCUCAGUGGUGUGCUCGGGCUUGUUAGCCGUCUGCUUGAUGGCCUUGGACUAGGUGGUCUAGUUCGAGGUCUGCUAGGUGGCCUCGGGGUCGACAAGCUGCUCGAGGGACUCGGACUGGGCUCUAUCACGGAAUCUCUGGGAUUUGGCAAGAAGAAAUAG